AGCCGCUUUGGCCCAGUAAAGAAGAUUCCUUCUGGUUCGAAUUCUUUGUAGCAGGCCAUGGCGACUCCGUGUCAGGGAAUGGGCAUUCGAUCAGGUCCGACAGAAGCCUUCUGGCCCUCUUGGUUUGCGUUGUCGCCACUAUGGGCAAGUAUUGUUGUGUUAUUUGAUGGUUCAGCGCACGCCGUUGCAGCUAAAGUCACCUCUGUCGCUGCUCCGAGCGCUAGUGUACCUCCCUUCGGCAUCGCUCAGUGGUCCCUUACAGUCGAAGGAGUAACUACAAAACCUUGGGAAGCACUCAAUAUCACUCUUGAUAUUACUCCUCCUAAGGGCGGCCGCCCAUAUUACGCAACCAUCAAAGGGUACCACCAUGGAGACAACGAGUGGAGGGUGCGAGCAGCACUGCAAGAUGUGGGGGAGUUCCAUUACAAACUUAAUGUUGUUCAGGAUGGCAACCUCCUCCACUCCAGUGCUGGAACCCUGGUGUGUGCUGCUGAUGCCGAAGCACAUCCGACAUCGGUCGGACCAAAAGGCUUCCUGCGACCACGAUUUGGACAGUUCCCGUACCGCACCGCCUUUGAUGAUAGUACCCUUUUCAACGGAUUUGGUUUAGGUGAUUGCCUCAACGAUGAUCUCACAUUCCCGACAUUUGAGAAUGGCACGACGUUCACCCGCACGCUGGAUCAAUAUGUGAAGGAUUAUGCCGAUGCUGGCUUCAAUAUCUUCCGAUGGAGUGAUGGCAAUUGCGCGUGGAGGAUCCAAGAGAGUUUCGAUGGGGAUGAUGCCCCGUGGCGGCCAAACGGGAACGAAUACAAUGAGACCACGGCAGCCCUCCUUGACCGCAUAUUCGACACAUUCCGCAGCAAUGGUUUCUCUAUGUGGUCUGUCAUUUUCUCGAAGGACGACAACUCGAAGCUGCCCGUAUUCCCCUAUCUUGGCAACACUGAUAAACUCAGCCACCUUGCACAGCGAGCAUCUCUGGGGGCGUAUCUCGAUUUUGUGGUUGCCAGGUGGGGAGCACAGACUGAUGUGUGGUCUCUGCUGAAUGAACAGCGCGCUGAAACUGCAUGGCUGCAGUGGGUUGCACGGUACCUUCGCAGCAUUGACCCAUACAGGCACCCCAUCAGCUCAAGUUGGGAUGACCACCUCCAGCUUCCGGAAAUUGAGAUCAACAGUGUGCAUUGGUAUUAUUCUUCCCCGAUCGCAGGGGACGUUUAUACAUCUAACGCAACCCAGGAAGACAAGGCGAUGGCUGAUCAAGCGCAGAAUCAGUUGGCAGCUGGAAAGCCAGUGUAUUUCACUGAGACAGGAAUGGGCCACCACAAUUGGGAUCCGGAAUCUCACAUCCUCAUGCGCAUCCGUAGUUGGACUGCAUUUUUCGAGGCGUGUGUUUUGAUGUGGUGGAACACUGCAGGGUCAACCAAGUAUCACGGCAUCGCGGGCAAUAUGUACCUCGGCCUGAAAGAGCGAGGAUACCAGAAGGUACUCCGUGCUUUUGUUAAUGAGAUGAUUGACCCAGCAGUUGCCCAACUCAACAUGACCGCCUCCGACGGUGUCAGGGCGUAUGGUGUCAUCGGUGCUGGCGCUCAUGGGAACGGAAAGGUAUUGAUGGCUUAUGUCCAGCAUUAUUCAUCACACAGAUCAAACAUCACAGCACAGAUCACCUUUGCCCCCUCAAAAUAUUUCCGCAGUCUGAUAGGCUGCGUGGGUACCUGGGUCCACCCUGUCACAGGGGCCACAGAACCUGCCACGCAGCCCAAAGGCCUGACAUACACGACCCCAGUUUUCAGCAUCGACAUGGCGCUCCGAGUGAACUGCCCGAGCGAAGAACUCAUCAUCUGAUUGCUUUCAACACUAGUUGCUUUCUUGGCAGGGUGCGUGGCAUCUUCGGCGAUCGCUGCACGUACGAAUUGCGUGAAGCUCCAACGCUGAUUUGAGCCACCUGGUCCAGCGGUUUCAAUGGUUUGAACUAUCGACCCGGUGCUCGCAAGCAGCCGCCGGUGGUCCCCUCCUCCGCCUCGUCCCCUCUUCCUCCCAGUCCAGCUGCCCAGCGGCAGGUGGCCUCGCUGCGCUCAGAAGCUAUCGCAGGAUGCCCCUUCCUCAAUCUUCCUCGUCGUCCUCCUCGUCUCUUCCUCUUCCUCGUUCUCAUCUUUCUCAGGCCGCGCAGCGAGUCUGUAUGCCUUCCGCCGACACCGAUAGCAUGCACGACCCUGAUAAAGCAAUGUCGCUGUAGCGUGUGACGCACGAAAGGUAGGCUGAAUUCCUUUGAAUAUAUUGGAGGCGCAUACAGGAGAGAAAUAGUAGCAUAGCCGUCAGAAUGUAUGUAUCCGAAGCAAAGAAGUUGG